UGGAAUAGACUAGACCUCACUUAGGUUUCUAAGGUCGCUGCAUCAACCAACCUUGCAUUUCCAUCUACGACCAGUGUAUCUAAAAUGCGUUACAUAACCGCCUUGUGCCUAAUAUUUGCCUUGGAGUGUACUUGUGAAGUGGUAAUACAACUAGAACCAGAGAAGACGGCAAAAGUAAUUGAAAGUGCUAUCAAAUGUACUAGUAAGCAUGGUCUCAAUUUAGAUGCACUGGAAAGAUUAAGAAGUAAAGACAAAACGAAAGACGAAAAAUUCUUGAGAUUUUUAUACUGCACCCUUGAAGACCUUAAAGUGGUGAAGAAAAAUGGACACUACAUUGAGGAUGAAGCCCUGAAGAUUGUACCGAAACAGCAUCAAGCAGUUCUCAGGAAGGCUUUAGAGGAGUGCAACAAGAAAGCGGGAAAGGAUCGCAUUGAUGUACUGUACAAUGUUUCCAGGUGUUUGAGAGAUGAUAGCAAUAUACGCGUGACAAUCUAAGUUUUACGUUUAAGUAAAUCGUGCAAUACUUUUAAGUUUGUUUAGUAUUUUUAUUUAAAAUAGACGUAGGUAACUAAAAGUUAGGAUAGUACGCUAGAAUAUAGCUUAUUGAAGCAGAUUGACCAAUAAUUUAAUAAUAAAUACUUUAUUUCUAUAA